AUGUCUGAUAUUUUGGAUGAGAUUGUUAUAGAAGACGUUGUAGCAAAUUGCCCACAAGAGUUUUUGCAGUAUCAUAAGUGCAUAAGAGAUAAUGAGAAGAAUCCUGGAAAGUGCCAAGAUGGAAGACUAACAUUAUCCGCAUGCAUCAGAGAGAAAGUGCCCAGUGUGAAAAGUAUCAUGAGUCAAUGUAGUGAGCCAAUGAAAAAAUACGAUCAAUGCAUUCGUGAUAAUAUGGGUAAUAGAACUAUCAAUGAAAACUGUUUAGGGUUCUUGCAAGAUCUAAGAACAUGUGCAGAAUUGCAAGUCGAAAAUAAAAAUAUCAAGCCUUCCAUUAAUGGAGUUAACUUGGAAUUGAUCAAGAAGUAA